AGUGCAUGAUCAUUUUACGAUUACGCCAAAUUCAUCAGAUUCUUGGCUUCAUCCAGUAGUAAUAGGCUUUAAAUUCAUCUUAUUGACGAGGUUUGCCCGCCGCUAUAUUGACAACAAUCUGCUUUCUCCGUACCUCCACUUGUUCAUCGCUGCGACGACCAUUGCUUGGUGGAAAAUCGAAGUUGUAAAAAUCUUUACGUCCUCCGAUAGUCACGACUGGCAUCGCAUUCGUUGUGAUGUCAGAAUAGACUAGGACUACAAAAUAGAUUUUCGUGGUUGUAAUCCAAGAAUGAGUUGUUCCUGCUCUGCGCUUCCUCCAGCCAAGAAUUUUUACUUUUUCAACUCCGGUAGUACUACAGCGGCAGGGGAGUGCUUGUAAAAGGUGCUCGCGCGGCCUCCUCUCCUGGUGCAGACAAGUGCUUGUAAAAGGACGAGCCCAGCGCAGCGAGCUGCACAUCUUCUCCUGGUGCUAGCAGGUGUUUUCACCACAAGACCACGUCUUCUGACUCACAAGAAAGAGGAAGGAUGGCGAAAUACGGUGGGAAGAAUAAGCUUGGGAAUCUAGCUGACAUUACGGCUUCAGCAACUGCAACCUCUACAUUUUUAAAAGGACAUUUUGCAGUACUAGAUAGAGUAAGUAUACCUUGAUUUUUAAACCCAGCUCCUUACACCACGCUACUUGUUUGGAUAGAAAGAUUGUUACAACUCUGCUCAGCAACAAGAGAAAAACAUUUUUAUGAUCUUCAGUGUUCUUUUUAGGCUUUUUAGACUGCAUCACUGUAGUGCAACAACAUAUGUACUAUUGUAUUUCUUGGAGUCUAUAUCACUUUCAGUUUUCAAAUUUAAUGUCAAUGACCACAACGAACUUGUAUAAUUGAAGGUUACAACAUCAGUACAACAUGCUAAAAUUUUAGCUCUAAAGUCAACGACGAUGACGAGGAGACGCAUCUGUUGGGCUUCAGCAACAAGAGUCGAGGCGGAGGAGCGGGCACUGGCAUCUCGAAAAUCAUGAAAGUCCUGUACGACAUAGAGGAGAAUCUGAAAGGGUACUUUUUACAUAAUUGGCACUGUGUUAUAAAUAGAGUCCCAUGAUCGUCCUCGACAGUUUCGGAAUACUGAUCUGGGCAACCUAUCAUACCGCUUUGCGUCUUCUAUUCUCCGCCUCGUGGCAAAAACCUCUCGUUUAGCUUUUUUUCACCUACUUACAAAUUUUCUUUUACUGGUUCCAGUAUCCUUACAUCAUGCAAAAUACUUUUACAACUUGAUGUUGUUCUAGUAUUGUCGUAGCAACUCUCCGUUCUGGUUGCACAACUCUCCGUUCUGGUUGCACAACUCUCCGUUCUGGUUGCACAACCCUCACAAGCCCAGGUACCUCGAAGACCUCGGAACAGUAGCCUAUAAUAUCGAUGUCCUGGCGACGCAGGUCAGAAGUGCGAUGACUUCGCAAGAGCAACAGGAAGCAGUAGACAAAAUGAAGCUCCUCGUGGAUCAAAGCAAACAGUACUUCUCUCUCCACUUUUUCAAUACUAGUACAUGGUAUAGUAUAGAAGUAGUAAGACAACCGGUUAGUUUCCACCUCGACAAUAUUAAGUAGGUUUAUCCCGUGCAACAAUAUAGAAGUAGAUAAGUGCUAUAUGUAUAAUUGGUAAGAAGUACAGCUGCUAUCAUAGUAUAGAAAAAGAUAAGUAUAAAUAUGUAUAAUUGGUAAUGGUAAAGAAAAGAAAAACACCAAUAAUCUAAUCGGAACUUCAUCAUCUAAUUCCAAUAUAUUUUUACGUGGUCAUGAUCGUCAUAAAAGAGAUCUUGAAGGUCAGUAGAGACCUGCUCUACUUUCUGUAUACAACGAACUAGCGUCGUGUUGAGAGCGUCCGCACAACUACAAACCAUAAAAAAACCAGAUACAAUGCCAAAGUGAAAGCAUGUUUGGACGAUUUAGAGAAUCUCAAUAGCCGAAAGUCGCAGACCCUAACCAGACAAGAAAAAGACUUUUGCAGUACACUGCUGCAAGAAAAGUCCAAAGACUUCCAUCAGAAAGUACAGGGACUGCUCACGGCUCAAGGUAUUGUCUUCUACUUCUGUGACUUAUCUGUCAUUCUUACACCGAGUACUACAACUUACUACUGAGUGUCAGUCUCAGAUGACACGUUAAUCCGGCAGACCUUUGUCAGAGAGCAGCCCCUUUUUGGUUGAAGAAGUACUACAAUUCAUUGGAAUUGGUCUUCCUGGGUUUAUUUUAUCUGAUCAUGAUUGUUUCUACUUUCUCACGACCAAGAACAACACCUCCGUUCAUCAGGUAACUUCGACACUGCCAUCAAGGGGAGACUAAAAAAGCAAUUGCAUACAAUGUAUCCAGAGGCAUCAAAACAGGAUGUAGAGGAGCUCCUGGGAAAAAAUCAGAAAGAGCUUGAACAAAUGCUUAAACAAGGGCAUCAGGACACCGAUGAUAUCUCGGUAAAAUAUAACAUUAUAUUUUUUUGUCGACCUUCUUAGACUCUCUCACUUUCAUAUUCAUUUGAAUGUACUCGGGAUCACGGAGACGACGACGGGGUCGACGUCACCGACAUGAGUAACGCCAGAAGUUGUAAGUAGUAACAGUAAGUAAAUGCAACAAACAUAGUAUUAUAGAUGAAAAUAUAGUCAAAUAAAUCUCAAGAACUUACUAGGCACCAGCAGCAACCUUAUCACCCUGGUUCUGUUCUUCCUAGAAAAAGCAUACCUAGUACAACUGCUACCAAACCGACUAUGCUCAUCCUAUCGACUACAACACAGCUCCGAGAGCAGCUACAAUCGCUGCAGGGUGAUCAUGAUGCAAUCAUGGAGUUAGAACAGAACGUGAUUGAACUCGGAGAGCUCUUCAACUACCUUUCCGCAUUAGUCGACAAGCAAACCGCAACCUUGAAGACGAUAGAAGAACACGUAUUUUUUCCUUUUUUUCCUUUUUCUAACUUGGAGCACGGGAGGUGUAAUCAAUAGGAAUUUUUAUGGUGUCUGUUGUGGACUUAUUUUUUCUAUCAUUGAUAGAGCAGGGUCGUGCCAAUCGGAAGCGAACCAAAAAUAGGCUCCUUAUUACAGAAAUACGAACAAGAUAUGCUGAUGUUUAUGAGUAGAAAAGUAUUGAGUUAGAGUUUUUUGAUCAUGUUGAUCAUGUUCCAGGUAAACUCGACGGAUCAUUUUGUCGGUGAAGGUGUAGUAAAGCUAGAGCAGGCGGAGGUGAGUCAGGCGAGCUAUGAGUGGAAAAGACAGCUCCUGAAGAGCGUCUGCAUCACGGGCAUAAUUAUCGCAUGCGUAGUGGGUGGGCUGCUUCUCUAUUGCUGCGUCAUAAAGCCGUUGUGUAUAGACACGACCACGAGGUAG